UUCUCCCUGUCUCCUCCUCUCUUGCUGCGGCGGCAGCGGCCGGACCAACGGCAGCCACGGCGGCCGGAGCUAGCUCACCGGAGAGCCAACCUAGGAGCACGACCAGGAACAGCGAGUUUUCCUGAUUCUUUCUCCUGCCUGCUGCAAAUCCCAUGCUUCUGGUCACCUGCUAGAAGGGAGCCUGAAAAAAUGGCGUCCACCCUUCUCCCGAUCUUAUCACCUCCGGUUUCACGUGCCGCCGCCUUCCUCCUCCUCCGAACCCGACCAACACCGUUCCGCUCUCACUGUCUGCUUCUCCGCAGUCUCCUCGCCCCUGCAUCUUCCCCAUCAACCCCUCCUGCUCCCCGCUCCCUCACGACCAUGGCCUCCGUGGCUACCCCUGCACGCCGGGACCUCCUCAUGCUUGGCAUUGAGACCAGUUGCGACGACACCGCCGCCGCCGUGGUUAGAGGCGAUGGGGAGAUCCUCAGCCAAGUGAUCGCUUCCCAAUCAGAUUUGCUUGUGAAAUGGGGUGGUGUCGCUCCUAAGAUGGCCGAAGAAGCCCAUGCCCUUGCAAUUGAUAAGGUUGUUCAGAAAGCACUCGAUGAUGCAAAUGUGUCAGAGAGUGAUCUUUCUGCUGUGGCCGUGACCGUUGGACCAGGGCUCAGCCUAUGCCUGAGAGUUGGUGUUCACAAAGCUAGGAAAAUAGCAAAAGUAUUUGGCUUGCCUAUUGUUGGAGUUCAUCAUAUGGAGGCACAUGCAUUAGUUUCCAGGCUAGUGAAAAAAGACCUUGAUUACCCAUUUUUGGCUCUUCUAAUUUCAGGAGGACACAAUCUUCUUGUUCUUGCUCAGAACCUUGGUGAGUAUGUUCAACUAGGGACUACAAUAGACGAUGCAAUUGGCGAGGCAUAUGACAAGUCAGCAAGAUGGUUGGGUCUUGAUAUACGGAAAGGUGGUGGUCCUGCUCUUGAAGAGCUUGCCCUAGAAGGUGAUCCAAAGUCUAUUAAUUUCAGAGUUCCGAUGCGACAACACAAAGAUUGCAAUUUCUCCUAUGCUGGUCUCAAGACUCAAGUUCGAUUGGCUAUUGAAUCCAGAAAUAUGUGCACAGAUGAUAUCCCCAUUUCAUCUGCAACAGAAGAAGAUAGACAACUAAGAGCGAACAUUGCUGCCUCUUUCCAGCGGGUUGCUGUUCUACAUUUGGAGGAUAGAUGCCAGCGAGCAGUUGAAUGGGCAUUGAAGAUGGAGCCUUCUAUCAAAAACUUUGUUGUUUCAGGUGGGGUUGCAUCUAACCAGUAUGUUAGGGCCCGCCUGAAUCAUAUUGCUGAGAAGAAUGGCCUACAGCUCGUAUCCCCUCCCCCAAGUCUUUGUACUGACAAUGGUGUCAUGAUUGCUUGGACCGGUAUCGAGCACUUCGUUGCCGGUAGAUUUGAAGAUCCACCUCCUGCUGAUGAGCCUGAUGAUAUGCAGUAUGACUUGCGCCCAAGAUGGCCUCUCGGUGAGGAAUAUUCAGAAGGAAUAAGUGUUUCACGAUCACUUAAAACUGCUAGGAUCCAUCCAUCGCUUACAUCCAUGACACAGAGUGCUCUCCGCAACUAGUCUGGUCAGAUCAACGAUCUCCACUGAUUGCUGUCAUUGAGUUCCACGUCAUCCAUUUUGGAACCAUUACCUGGGCAGCCCAGCUCACUUGUCAUUGCAGAAUCACAGUUAUUAG